CAAUGACCGUCAAACAUUGCAUCCACCUGCGGGCGGCCCUCCGCGAAUAAGUCUUUUUAACACCUUUCACGCCCAGCAUCGCGUCGGUCGACGCCUAAUCUGUCAUCAUGCUGGGCGACAAACAAAUCAUGUCUUUAGAUACCCAUCUAGAGCGGUUCAAGCUACAGAACCAGGUGAAUCAAACAGAUCUUCAGAAAGUUCUAGUCGAAUAUAGCCAAGUACUGGAACAGAACAAGGAGCUGAAGAAGGCCUUUGAUAAGAAGGAGAUCGGCAAUGGCAAUAAUAUUCCAGCCGAGAAACCACGUAACCCCUAUAUUCUUGUGCUUGUCGACGGAAACGGUUACAUCUUCAACGAUGAACUUGUCAGCGAGAAAGAAGAGGGUGGAAUGAAAGCCGCUCGCAUGUUGAACGGCGUUGUAGAAAAACAAGUAGGAAAAGCCCUUCUCGAAGCUUGCGACAACCGGAUAGUCGUCCGCAUAUACGCAGACGUCACUGGACUUUCCAAAUUACUAGCAAAGUCUAAACUUGUUGGUUUGGAGAAGCGUUCGCUUGCUGCGUUUGCCGCCGGGUUCACGCGUACCAUGGGCCUAUUCGACUUCGUGGAUGCGCUUGAUGAAGAAGGAACUAGAUUCAAGAUUAAAGAAAUGUUCAAACUUGCUGCCGAAGAUAGCAACUGCGACCAUAUACUAUACGCUGCAUGUCACGAUACCAGCUAUUUGUCCCUCAUGGUCCCAUACAGUGGUAUGAAGAAUAAGAUCACAUUAGUCCAAAGCGCCGGAUUCAGCUCAGAGUUUCUCCAAUUCAGCCUCAACGUCACUCAGUUCCCAACCGUUUUCCGUUGGUCAGAACUUCCCUCAGUGGCCCUCAGCUCAGCUAUCAAGUCUAAUGGUACCCACUCAGAUCGUAUUGUGUCUCCCUCAAAGUCAGCCAAGGCCCCGCGAGAGCAGAUGAAAUCUCAGCCCGUCCAUAGUGCAGACACCUGGAACAACCCCGACGCUGGUUUUGGUACAGAUGAACCGUCCUCAGCCGGAAGUAAAGGCUGGGGUGAGAGCAAUGGAUCCACUUGGGGAACUGCAGCAGAAUCGUCGAAACAGCAAGGCCAAGUUACCUGCAAGUACUUUCAAAAGGGUUUCUGUCGUUACGGUAAGAACUGCAAAUUCCAACACAGCCCUAGCGGUUCAUCUAAGACCGCCAACGGCAAGCAACCUCCUCUGAAUGGCGCCGCUCGUUCUAACAUCUCCUCCUCUCUUCCUCCAAAUAUCCCACCAAAUUACAUCCCUCUGAACAAAGACAACCAGCGCAUUGACACCUACAUCAAAGCCCCCACACAGUCUGAGUGGGCUAUCUACAACGAGCGAUUCCAUCGUCAAAAACCGUGUAACGCAUUCCACCUUCAGGGUGACUGCACUACUUUCAACUGUCCUUACGACCACAACGACCUUGAACCGGAAGCGCACCACUGCCUGAAAUACGUGCUAAAGUGCAGUCCAUGUCCAAGAAAGGGGGCCUGUCGCGCAGCGGAUUGUUUCCACGGACACAUCUGCCAGAAGGAUGAGUGUGUUGGACAAAUUAAAGGUUGUAAGAUGAAAAUGGAUCUGCAUAAUGUGGAUCCGAAGAUGGCGAGUCUGGUGCCGGCAACCGAGAAUUUGGCACAUGAGGAGGAAGGUGCCGAUCCCAGCGCUUGUCCAUUGAUUGACAUAGAUGGGAUGGGGACGUGGGAGGCUUCUAAGAGCCGGACUGAUCAGCCUUGGUGGAGAGGAAGCAUGUGAAUUGUGGAAUAUGGAGUGUGAUCUUUGGGUAUGGUAAAGACUUAAAC